AUGGCUUUGGCAUGUGUCGGUUUAGUUUCGACACAAUUUAUUGAUUUGGAGUUGAAAGAAAAUGUGAAGUAAAAGAGGGAGUUUGAUAAGAAGCUUUAGUAGGCAGUGUCAACAGAUGAUAAGGCAUUCGAUCACACAGUUGCAGAUAUAAAAGGUUUCUUUACAAAGACCUCUUUGAUUUUUGGCUCUUAAAAGCAAGAAAUUUCAAUGAUUAUUGACGCCUCUACACCUAAUAUCUAUAUUGCGACAACUGAUUGUGAUAGAUGUAAUUAUCAAAGAUUCGAUGUUAUGAAAUCGACCACAUCCCACUUUGUAGACCCUAAAAAGGAUUCGAUUGCCGAAGAGGAUCUUGAUAUUUACUUCCCAAAGCACAAGCUUCAAGUAUUCUAGGGUAAAUAUAUAGAAGAUAAAAUUUGUAUUGAUACUAAUGACGCCCAUUGCCUUCCAACUGGCUAAUUUUUUGGCUGUUCAGUAGAUCCAGGUUUUGAUGAAGAAUCAGGGCUGCUUGGUAUAUAACUUAAUAAAAAUAAGAAUGGCUAUGUGGAGAGAUUGGCUUCAUAAAAAGUGAUUGAUAAGGCGAUGCUUGGCAUGUAUAUUUAAGAUAAUUACAAAGCUGAACUUAAGAGUCAAAUUAGAUUAGGUGGAUACGAUUCAUCUCUAAUGGCUGAUGGUAAAGAAGAAAGUAUUAAUUGGUAUAAGACGACAUCUGAUUCAAUGUGGAGUUUGAAGCUAAUUGAUGCCAAAUAUGGAGACGAUUCCUUUAGAGUCAGUACAGACACUAUAGUUGAAUUUAAUCCUGGUUCUCCUGUUAUUGCCAUGCCUUAAAAAGACUAUGAAAAACUCGCUUAGCUUUAUAUUGCUGGUCUAGGCAAAGAUGAGUUCGAUUGUAAGACUAAUGAUUUUUGCAUCAUUAAGCACAGAUGCUCUGAACUGUCAAGACAGAAGAUGAGAUUCAAGAUAGGCAGUGAUGCCAAUGAUGCCCGUUCCUUGUUUUUCGAUGUCCCUGCAGAAAAUUUCUUAUAUGAUGUUAACAGCCCAGGAUUCAAGGAGCCAUUCUGUCUGCUUGGAGUUUCAGGGACUGUUGAAGAGGGCUCUAAUAAAUAUAUCUUAGGAGCCACAUUUCUGAAAAACUACUAUACUGUAUACGACUAUGAUAAUUAAAGAAUCGGAUUAUCACUUGAUAUAAGUAACAAAGAACUCUAGAUGAAGGAGGAGGACGAUGCUAAAAAAUGGACUGUUGCAGCUAUAGGUUUUAUUGUCUUCGCUUGUCUAUUGAUUAUUGGACUACUCCUAUUAUGUCUCUGUGUGAAGGCUAAGAAGCAGAACCAGUUAAGUGAUACUUCAGAUAAGAUUGAGAAUGUGCAAUUUGAAGUCGAAAAGAUAGAUGAUGAUAAAGAGAAGUUGCUUACUCCACCACAACAAUAAAUUUAUGGAAACAUUGACUUCAACCAUGCUUCUCUGAAUAGAGAUUCCGUUGAUGGGAGACCAUCUGAGCUAGGUCAAAGCUAAUUCUGA